GUAAACCUUUUCACUCACGCAGCAUCAUUUUUAUAAACGAUCCCGAGUUCUUUCUUCCUUUACGUAAUCCAUCAUUCUCAGCUAAAACUAAAAUUAAUUGAAAAAAGAAAUAAAUUAACAUCCGGAAAGUUUCAUUCUCAGAUCUUAAACAAGAAAAACCCUACGAAAAAUAGAAAGAAAACGAGGUAGAAGAAGAACCUGGAAGAGUUGUUACAUUGACCGAGUUUAUCCACUCGAUCAGGAACACUUCUGUGGAUGAAGUGAUAAUGGUUGGCGAGAAUGAGUUUUGGUUGUGGAAGUGGUGAUUUUCUGUGGAAAACAUGAAUAUAGUUAAGGGUGUAGCUGACCUUAUUCGAAGGUCAUCCAGUGGCUCGACUGGAGACACUACUUCAGCCUCACCGCCACAGAAAUCUUCUCCACCUUCACCAACGAUUCGCUUCAGUGAUGUUGGUGAUGAGGCGAUUCUCAAUACACUCUGGGAAAGAUAUGAAAAUUCCUUUGACAAGGCAGAAAGAAGAAAGUUAUUCAAUGUCUUCCUCAAGCAAUUUUUAGUUGUAUACCAAAACUGGGAACCAGCAAAUCUUGGCCAAUCUCAUGCUGAUACUGCCCCUGCCUCUUCCUUGGCAAGUUCAGAACCUUUAAAGAAUGUGGUGGUUGGCUGCUCUUUUGGUCAUCCGACGGAGAUUGUUCAUGUUAUAGCAGAAGAAGUGACCCGACUUACGGCAAUGGUUGUAGAAUUUUCCCAGUCGAGCUCAGAUAAACCAGAGAGUAAUGCAAGUGUUAUCACAUACGAAGGGUUACCCAUCUUAGAUGCUUUGGCGGUGAUUGUUCGGUCAAUUCAUAACUGCAGAGUGUUUGGAUUUUAUGGUGGUGUUCACAAGCUAAUAGCCUUAAUGAAAGCUGCUGUGGUGCAGCUAAAGACGGUUAGUAGUGCGCUUUUAACUGAUGAAAGCUUGUCACCCUCACUAUUGGAGAAGUCUGGUAUUCUGCAGAAGAUAUUGAUGCAUGUGGUGUUGGUAUUGUUUCGCUCUAUUGACUUGCAUUCUCAUACACAUGAGAAGAAACAAUCCAUUGUUUCUUUGAUGGAGGCUGGUGGCCUUAACUGGUUAGUAGAAUUGCUGCGUGUGCUGAGAAGAUUAAUGAUGAAAGAACAGUGGACUGAUCUAUCACUUCAAUAUUUGACACUGAGAACUCUACGGUUGUCAUUGGCUGAUAAUCCUCGGGGCCAAAAUCAUUUUAGAAGUAUUGGAGGGUUGGAAGUUUUGUUGGAUGGAUUAGGAGUUCCAUCAAACAAAUCUAUUUUAUCAGACAAUUCCUCCUCUGUGAGAACAUCCAGAAUUGAAAGUCCGUUGCUAUCAAUUUUCCAGCUUCAUGUUCUUUCCUUGGAGGUGCUCCGGGAGGCUGUAUUUGGAAAUUUGAGCAAUAUGCAGUUCUUAUCUGAGAAUGGAAGAGUACAUAAAUUUGCAAAUAGCUUUUGUUCUCUGUCAUUCAUGCUUCAAGAAUACCAAGAGAAUGAUUUGGAAAUGCUUCUAUUGAACAAUAUGGAAAAAAAUGUUAAAGUAUCUAAUGAAGCAGGGUCUUCUCCAAUUACCAGAGGUGCAUCUUAUUCACAAAACUGGAAUGAAUAUGUUGCCAACUUGAAUGCAGCUCUUUGCUCUUUCCUUCUUGAUUUUGGAGAUACAGAAAGACAAAACAUCCAACAGUUUGCUGCCAAGAAUGCAUUUCCAGUUUCUUUGGCAUAUCUAGAACUCUCGGUCAAGUGGUUCUUGAGGGUGCUUCUUACUCUGUUCCCUUGCAUUAAGGCAUGCUCGAACCAAAACGAGCUGCCUUCUCACUUAAGGGUAUUUGCCUCUAUGCUGCAGCAUCAUGUUCUGUUGACAUUCAGAACAAUCCUUGUUUCAUUUCCUUCUGUGCUUGAUGUGUUUCGGGCAGAAGGAGUAUGGGACUUCAUAUUCUCGGAGAAUCUUUUUUAUUUUGGCCCUAUCCCUGCAGAUGUUUCUGGUGAUAAAAACUUAGAUUUUGAAGCUUCCAUGCUGGGAGGUGAGCAGUUUACCGGUUUGACUUCAAAUGAGGGGAACAGUAAUGAAGUUGAAACUCUUCAUAUUGAAGCAAUAUCACUUUUGGAGUUAGCUGCAACUUUAAGUGAAAGCUCACAUAACUUGGCGGAGUGUCUAGUUUUAAUCGAAACUCUUGAACAGUCAGUCACCCAUCCUGAGAUUGCUGAUGUUAUUGCCAAGAGCCUGCUACAUGUGAUGCAGCUUUCCCCUGAGAAAACUCUCUCUUCUUUCAAGACUCUUGAUGUGAUUCCCCGGGUGCUUAAAGUUGCUUCCAUCCUGGCUCAAGAAUCAAGAAAGCCUGAGAGUGUUAGCACUUCUGUAGUAGCCUCUCCUGAUGAAUUGGUGCCCUCACUGGGUCAUGAUAUCUUUAAUUUAACUAAUAGUACUCAGGGUUGGCACAAAAGUGUGGAGACAGUUAUGGAAUUGUUUGCUGAAUAUUUCAUCACUGAUGAUGCCAAAAUUGUUAUCUUGCACAGUUCUGCUUCUAUCGAUUGUUUAUUUGAUUUAUUUUGGGAAGAAGGUCUGAGAAACCAUAUUCUUCGGUACAUUCUUGAACUUAUGAAGAUUGUUCCUUCUUCCGAAGAAGAUCGAAAGUCAAAACUAUAUUUGUGCUCCAAGUAUCUAGAGACAUUUACUCACGUCAAGGAACGAGAGAAGAACUUUGCAGAAUUGUCUGUGGAUUUGUUAGUUGGCAUGAGAAAUAUACUUCUGAUGGAUAGAAGGCAAUACCGUACGUUCUUCCGGGAUGGUGAGUGCUUUUUGCACAUUGUAUCAUUACUGAACUCAAACCUUGAUGCAAGUAGUGGUGAGAACUUGGUUCUGAAUGUUCUCCAGACACUUACCUGCCUGCUUUCUGGGGACGAUGCUUCAAAGGCUGCCUUUAAAGCUCUCGUGGGCAAGGGUUAUCAGACACUACAGAGCUUACUGUUGGAUUUCUGCCAACAGCAGCCAAGUGAAGCACUCUUAAAUUCUCUUCUUGAUAUGCUGGUUGACGGAAAAUUUGAUCUCAAAGCUUGCCCGGUGAUAAAGAACGAAGAUGUGAUUUUGCUUUACCUGAACGUUCUCCAGAAGAGCAGUGAUCCGUUGCGGCAGAAUGGGCUUAACAUUUGUCUUCAGCUGCUUAGAGAUUCCAUAUCAAAUCGAGAUUCAUGUGUUAGAGCAGGAACCCUUAACUUCCUCUUGGAUUGGUUUUCUCAAGAAGAUAAUGUGAAUGUGGUGUUGAAGAUAGCACAAUUGAUUCAGGUUACUGGUGGACAUAGUAUCUCUGGAAAAGAUAUCCGGAAAAUAUUUGCUCUCUUGCGGAGUGAGAAAGUUGGAAGUCAGCAGCAGUACAGCUCCUUGCUGUUGACCAGCAUGUUAUCCAUGCUAAAUGAGAAAGGACCUACAGCUUUUUUUGAUCUUAACGGGGUUGAUUCAGGAAUCAUGAUCAAAAUGCCAGUUCACUGGCCUCUGAACAAGGGAUUUUCUUUUACUUGUUGGCUCAGGGUAGAAAAUUUUCCUAGAAAUGGGACAAUGGGCCUCUUUAGUUUUCUUACAGAAAGUGGAAAAGGGUGUUUUUCAGUUCUUGCAAAGGACCGGUUGAUUUAUGAGUCAAACAAUCAAAAACACCAGGCCGUGUCACUUCCAGUGAAUCUUGUAAGGAAAAAAUGGCAUUUUUUGUGUUUGACACAUACAAUUGGGAGAGCAUUUUCUGGGGGCAGCCAGCUCAGAUGUUUUAUUGAUGGAGUUCUAGUAUUUUCAGAAAAGUGCAGAUAUGCAAAGGUCAAUGAAGUUUUGAUGAAUUGCUCAGUUGGUGCAAAAGUCCAUCUCCCGUAUUAUGACGAAGAUGAUUCUAUUUUCUCUAUCAAGGAUUCCUCGCCUUUUUUUGGUCAGAUAGGUCCCGUUUACCUGUUAAAUGAUGCCAUUACUCUCGAACAAGUACAGAGCAUUUAUUCAUUGGGUCCCAGCUAUAUGUAUUCCUUUGUUGAUAACGACAUUGGAACUUUAGAAAACUCUUUACCUGGUGUCAUUCUUGAUGCCAGAGAUGGCCUCUCAUCAAAAAUCAUUUUUGGGCUCAAUGCACAGGCGAGCAAUGGUAGGACACUGUUCAAUGUUUCACCUUCUCUGGAGCUUGUAUCUAAUCACAGUUCAUUUGAGGCAACUGUGUUGGUUGGCACACAGCUUUGCUCUAGGAGGUUACUUCAGCAGAUAAUCUAUUGUGUUGGGGGUGUCUCCGUCUUCUUUCCACUUUUUACUCAGUCUGUCUUCUAUGAAUAUACAAAUAGUGAAAAAUGUGGGGAAACUUUACUCGCACCAAUUACUAAGGAACGUCUGACUGCGGAGGUGAUAGAACUUAUAGCUUCUGUCCUGGAUGAGAAUUUGGCCAAUCAGCAACAAAUGGUUCUUCUUUCUGGAUUUUCCAUAUUGGGGUUUUUGUUGCAAUCAGUUCCUCCGCAGCAGCUUAACAUGGAAACUCUUUCAGCUUUAAAGCAUUUGUUCAAUGUCGUUGCUAGUUCUGGCUUGUCUGAUGUGCUCGUUGAAGAGUCUAUAUCCAGUAUAUUUUUCAAUCCCCGCAUCUGGGUCUAUGCAGUGUAUAAAGUGCAACGUGAAUUGUACAUGUUUCUCAUCCAACAAUUUGAUAAUGAUCCAAGGUUGUUAAAGAGUCUGUGUAGGCUCCCUCGAGUUCUUGAUAUUAUCCGGAAAUUCUACUGGGACAAUGCAAAAUGCCGUUCUGCUAUUGGUGGCCAGCCAAUUUUACAUCCCAUCACCAAUGAAGUAGUUGGAGAGAGACCUAAUAAGGAAGAAGUGCAUAAGAUCCGUCUUCUUUUACUGAGUCUUGGUGAGAUGAGUCUCAGGCAGCAUAUAUCUGUCGCAGACAUUAAAGCCUUAGUCGCUUUUUUUGAGACCAGUCAGGACAUGGUUUGCAUUGAAGAUGUUUUACACAUGGUUAUUCGUGCUGUUUCCCAGAAGCCUCUGCUUGCUACAUUCUUGGAACAGCUUAAUUUGCUUGGUGGAUGUCACAUUUUUGUCAAUCUUCUUCAGAGGGAUUUUGAGCCCAUUAGAUUGCUUAGCUUGCAAUUUCUUGGAAGGCUUUUAGUUGGCCUUCCACCAGAGAAAAAGGGAUCAAAGUUUUUUAAUAUUGCGGUUGGGCGGUCCAAAUCUCUUCAAGAGGGUCAGAAGAAAGCUGGUCCAAAGAUGCAACCUGUCUUUUCCAUGAUGUCAGAUAGGCUCUUCAAAUUUCCUCAGACAGAGGUUUUAUGUGCAACAUUGUUUGAUGUGCUUCUUGGAGGUGCUAGUCCUAAACAGGUUCUGCAAAAGCAUAAUCAGCUUGACCAUCAAAGAAGUAGCACGAGUAACUCUCAGUUUUUCCUUCCUCAAAUCCUUGCUCUCAUUUUCAGAUUUUUGUCAAGUUGUGAAGAUACAACUUCAAGGACCAAAAUUAUCGGCGAUCUACUUGAUCUCCUGGAUUCGAAUCCUUCAAAUAUUGAAGCUUUAAUGGAACAUGGAUGGAAUGCUUGGUUGCUCACUUCUGUGAAACUUGAUGUGUUGAAAAAUUACAAAGUGGAAUCGCAAACUCAGAAUGACACUCAAAUCAAUGAGCAAACUUUUAUAAGAAGCUUGUACUGCUGCGUUUUGUGUCACUACAUUAUUUCUGUGAAAGGUGGCUGGCAACAGCUAGAAGAGACUCUGAAUUUUCUGCUUCUACAAUGUGAGAAGGGCGGCAUCUCAUACCGUUAUUUUCUGCGUGAUGUGUGUUCUGACUUGAUUCAAAGGCUAUUAUCUACUGAAGAAAACAUUUUUGUCUCUCAGCCAUGUCGAGACAAUGUCUUGUAUUUUCUGAAGCUAGUGGACGAUAUUCUGAUCUCUGAAGUUGACCACAAAAUUCCGUUUCCGUCAAGUGGCUCUGGAUAUACAGCUGACAUUCUGGAAAUAGAAAAUCACAAAGAUGUUGGUUCUAUACUAUCUGAAGCCCUGUCUGGAGAAACAAGUGGAGAAGAGCUGUCCAGAAACCCAUCUACUGAACAGCAGAAAGACGAAACCAAAGAUAUUAAAAUUGAUGAUGAGUGGUGGAUUGUAUAUGACUACGUCUGGAAUGUUAUCAGUUUGAUGUCUGGCAAAGGUGCCAGCAAAACACUUCCCAGGGCAUCAUCAACAUCAAUGCCAUCUUUCAGCCAAAGGGCUCGUGGGUUGGUGGAAUCGCUGAAUAUUCCUGCCGCGGAAAUGGCUGCGGUAGUUGUGUCUGGUGGUAUUAGUAAUGCACUAGGUGGGAAACCAAACAAAACUGUUGACAAGGCCAUGCUGUUGAGAGGGGAAAAGUGUCCAAGGAUUGUUUUCAGGCUAAUGGUCCUCUAUCUUUGUAAAUCUUCCUUGGAAAGAGUAUCCCGAUGUGUCCAGCAGUUCAUUCCUCUUCUGCCUAGUCUGCUGAAUGCUGAUGAUGAGCCAAGCAAGAACCGGGUGCAACUUUUCAUAUGGUCCUUGCUCCUUGUUAGGUCCCAGUAUGGGAAAUCUGAUGAUGGUGCUCGAAUCCAUGUGAUAUCUCACUUAAUCCGAGAAACGGUCAACUGCAGUAAGUUGGUUCUGGCUUCCAGUUUAAGCAGCAGAGAUGAUUCUUCAGAUUUGGGCAGCUAUCCAAAAGAACCAAACGCCAUUCACAAUUUAAUUCAAAAGGAUAGAGUGACUGCUGCUGUUGCUGAUGAAAUAAAGUACAUAAAAGGUUCCAUAGCAGAUCGAAGCAGACAAGUAGAUGAUCUGCGCUUUAGAAUGGAUGAGCUGUUGGCAUCAGAAUCUGACCGAAAGAGAGCUGUUGAAGAUGAGAUACUAAGCAAUAUAACUACCAUUCUUGCUUCAGAUGAUAAAAGACGAGCUUCUUUUCAGCUUGCAUACGAAGAGGAACAACAAAGCAUUGCUGAGAGAUGGAUACAUACGUUCCGGUCUCUAAUUGAUGAGAGGGGUCCAUGGUCUGCGACUCCAUUCCCUAACAUAACCAUAACCCAUUGGAAACUUGACAAAACUGAGGAUGCAUGGCGUCGAAGGCAGAAGUUGAGGCGGAACUAUCAUUUUGAUGAAAAACUGUGUCAGCCCCCUAACACUCAAGUAAACAGUGAAGCACCUACUACCAUUAAUGAUGGGAGAACCGGUUUUGGUGCACAAAUUCCAGAGCAAAUGAAGCAAUUCUUACUCAAAGGGAUUCGUAAGAUUACGGAUGAGGGCAAUUUGGAAAUCACGGAAACUGAUGCUGACUCAAGCAAGCAGAAUGCGACUUCUGAAGAUUUAUCAAACAGGCAGUACGAGGCUGUAAAAGAAAGUGGUGAGAAGGAAAUUGUGCAGGACAGAAAGGAUUAUCGCGCUUCGUCUUCCGAAGCAGAACAUAGUGAGGUCCUUAUAUCUGUACCCUGUGUUCUUGUAACACCCAAGAGAAAACUAGCUGGGCGAUUUGCUGUAAUGAAGAACUUUCUUCAUUUCUUUGGAGAGUUUAUUGUGGAAGGUACCGGUGGGUCGUCCGUUUUCAAGAUUUUUGACUCUUCGGGUAAUUUAGAUCAUCGCAAGCUUGAUCAAUUGGGGAAAGAUGAAAAACAAAAGCUCUGUAAAUUCCCCCUAAGUUCAGAUUUGACUUCUGAAAGAGGAAGUGUCUUGGAUUGUAUCCAUGAUACUGUUCUGCAAAAGCAACACAAAAGUAUUAAACGUCACAGGAGAUGGAGCAUUUCUAAGAUAAAGGCUGUGCACUGGACUCGAUAUUUGCUGAGAUAUACUGCAAUUGAGAUUUUCUUCAAUGAUUCUGUCGCUCCUAUAUUUUUGAAUUUCUCCUCACAAAAAGAUGCAAAAGAUGUUGGAAAUCUCAUUGUAGUAACCAGAAAUGACUCCAUACUCCCAAAGGGAUACAAGGACAGGACUGGAGCUAUUUCCUUUGUUGAUCGACGUGUGGCACUAGAAAUGGCUGAAGUUGCCAGAGAGAGCUGGAGGAGAAGAGAUAUCACAAAUUUUGAAUACUUGAUGAUUCUGAAUACUCUUUCUGGAAGAUCUUAUAAUGAUUUAACUCAGUAUCCUGUAUUUCCCUGGGUCCUUGCUGAUUAUUCAUCAGAGAAUCUUGAUUUCAAUAAAUCGACAACUUUCAGAGAUCUGUCAAAACCUGUUGGAGCACUAGAUAUGAAACGUUUUGAGGUUUUUGAGGAUAGGUACCGCAGUUUCUGCGAUCCGGAUAUUCCGAGUUUUUACUACGGAUCUCAUUACUCAAGUAUGGGAAUCGUACUCUUUUACCUACUGAGAUUAGAGCCAUUCACAGCUCUUCACCGCAAUUUGCAGGGUGGAAAAUUUGAUCAUGCAGACCGACUUUUCCAAAGCAUUGAGGGCACAUACAGGAACUGUCUCUCAAAUACAAGUGAUGUGAAGGAGUUAAUUCCUGAAUUUUAUUACAUGCCAGAAUUCCUUGUCAAUUCAAACUCCUAUCAUUUUGGCAUACGACAAGAUGGAGAGCCUUUAACUGAUGUCAUCCUGCCCCCUUGGGCGAAGGGCUCCCCUGAGGAAUUUAUUAAUAAAAACCGAGAGGCUCUCGAAAGUGAAUAUGUUAGCUCAAACCUGCAUCACUGGAUUGACUUGGUGUUUGGUUACAAGCAGCGUGGUAAACCAGCAGUAGAGGCUGCGAAUGUCUUUUAUUAUUUGACGUACGAAGGUGCUGUUGAUCUUGAUACCAUGGGCGAUGAAUUGCAAAGAGCGGCCAUAGAAGAUCAGAUUGCCAAUUUUGGACAGACUCCAAUUCAGAUUUUCCGUAAGAAACAUCCUAGAAGAGGUCCACCUAUUCCAAUCGCGCAUCCUCUGCGAUUUGCUCCCGGUUCUAUCAAUUUGACUUCCAUUGUAGCAAGUUCAAAUACUUCAGCAGCCGCUGUUGUAUAUGUUGAAGUCUUCGACUCAAGCAUUGUACUCGUAAACCAGGGAUUAACCAUGUCCGUCAAAAUAUGGUUGACAACCCAAAUGCAGGCUGGUGGUAACUUCACCUUUUCUGGCUCUCAGGAACCGUUUUUUGGAGUUGGAUCUGACAUACUUCCCUCUCGUAAAAUCGGUAGCCCUUUGGCUGAAAAUAUUGAACUUGGGGCACAGUGCUUUUCAACAUUGCAAAUGCCAUCUGAAAAUUUUCUGAUUUCAUGUGGUUCUUGGGAAAAUAGUUUCCAAGUAAUAUCUCUCAGUGAGGGAAGAAUUAUGCAGAGUGUUAGGCAACAUAAAGACAUUGUCAGCUGUGUUGCCGUGACAUCUGAUGGGAGUUUUCUUGUUACGGGAAGUUAUGAUACAACAGUGAUGGUGUGGGAAGUUACUCGUGUUAGGUCUCCUGAGAAGCGUAUUAAAAGUUCACAAGCUGAGAUUUCUCGGAGAGACACUGUGAUUAGUGAAACUCCAUUUCACAUAUUGUGUGGGCAUGAUGACAUAAUCACAUGUUUAUAUGCUAGUGUUGAACUUGAUAUAGUUAUUAGUGGAUCAAAAGAUGGCACCUGUGUGUUUCAUACUUUGCGGGAAGGUCGAUAUGUUAGAUCACUUCGCCAACCAUCUGGCUGUGCGUUAUCAAAGCUUGUUGUAUCAAGGCAUGGACAGAUUGUUCUCUAUGCCCAUGAUGAUCUUAGUUUGCACAUGUAUUCAAUAAAUGGAAAACACAUUGCUUCCUCUGAAUCAAAUGGUCGCCUGAAUUGCGUGGAGUUAAGUGCCUGCGGUCAGUUUUUAGUUUGUGCUGGAGACCAGGGUCAAAUUGUUGUUCGCUGCAUGUUUACAUUGGAAGUGGUGAAAAGAUACAGUAGUGUUGGGAAAAUACUAACUUCACUAACAGUGACACCUGAAGAAUGCUUUCUAGCUGGGACCAAAGAUGGAAAUCUGCUCGUUUACUCGAUAGAUAAUCCUCAAAGUCGUAAAAGUGGUCUCCCUCGUAAUGCCAAAUCAUAAUUUUCUUCUGUUUUGUGCAAUUGUAGUUGGAGUAGAGGCAGUGCUUGGGAACCAUUGAAUGUACUGAGAUCACUUGCCGAAAUGAUAGUCAGAAGUCAACCCAAUGUGGCAAAGUGUGCACUCUGGAUGUUGAGAUAUCCUGCUUUUUUAUUUACCAUGGCAUUUUAGUCUGGUGAUGAGGCAUGAUACGAGGAGAUGAUACUUUCUACAGCGAUCCAACCCCUACUGUAAACUCUUCAUAUCUCUCUUGACAUCGAAGUAUCUGAAUUUGCCUUUCCAGAUACAGGAAUCUGGAUUGGAUCGAUGCAGGCCUGGCUGUUUGUUGAGUGAAUUUAUUGAUCAUGUGGGAAAACCAGGUGACGAAAAUGAAUUAAGUCGGCUGGAUUAAAUUUCAGAUAACGUCCAGAAAUUCUGAAGUGCAAAAGCUGAGCCGACAGCGUUUGCACCAGUUUCUUUAAUGGUACGUGUUGAUACAUGUAAAGUGACCUGGGUGUUUAACCCAUUAUAUACAGUGUACUAUUCAUGUCGCAAUUAUGAAUAGGGUCCCUCUGUUCACUAGUUCCUACAUUUGAAAAUAAGAAACAUCUUCCUCUGUAGAUUCCACAGUACACUUCAUACCUGAUCUAGCUUUUGUAUCGAUAGUGUCAGCAACUGUUAAUAGUUAAGAGAAUAGAGUUUGCCCAUUGGAGGCGUUAAUUUUCAUCAGAUCAGAUUUUGAUUUAUGGGUUCUGAUCACCAUGUUUAUCAACAUACAGAGUAAUCACGUUUUUUCGCUUUAUGUUUCUAUGUCAGUUAUCAUUUAAUACUCCAUCCAUCCAGAAAAGAGUAUUGUAUCUUGGACAGAUCCAAGUUUCUGUUGCCUGAAAUGAGGUGAAUUGUUGCAUUAGAAUUAUAAAGAC